UCUCGUCAACCCCACUUUCCGGCCGAGGGAAAAAUUAUGAGAACCCUGAUCGAUACUGUUGGCCUUUAGCAUAAUUUUGACGCUUCAAAAUAAAAAGAAUUUUAAUGUAGGUGAUGGUAAUGUGGUGAAUCUUGAUAUCAGCAUUUUUGUAUUGCAGAAGACAAUAUAUCGGUCAGGUCAUAUGUAGACAUCCGAAGGUUAAUGAAUGGAAGAAACACUGAUCUUAGACCCAUGUCGUAAGUGUUCUGAACUUCCUGGAAUGUUAUCACUGUCGCCUUAGCAUCAGAGGCUGCCACCAUCGUGUACCGGGCAGUAUAGAAUAGACUGGCAUCUCAGAAGCGUGAAGCUGUACGAUACGUUUCCUUCACUUCGCCUGCACGAACUUUCAGCUUCUACAGUAGUUUAAUAGGCCCGGAAGAUUAAUAACAAGGACGAAAAAUCUUGGAUGAUUCAAACAAACGUUGGUGUCGACUAUUGUGAAACAUUGCAGGCAGCUGAAAUUAGGGUUGUUCCAGUACGAAGUCUCACGCACAGCCGAAGUGGUAUUCUGCUCUAUCUCCCGAAGGACGUACUAUUAUAUCUAGAUAUUUUGGGGAUGGUAGGCUAGUAGUGAGAAUGUUCUUAAGAAACGGGAAAUUUUCCAGGUAGUGAACACAAGGGUUGAUAUCACGUGCAGGUUCGACUGGUUGGGCUGGCAAGAAGUCACAAAUAUCAUAUUUUUAUGAUUCUUCGGAAUGGUCCGCACUGACCGUAUAUCGCAAAUUGUAAACUUUGGGAAAGAAGGUUGCAUUCUAGUAGCUGUGAAAAGUUAUGGGAAUGCUUUUUCGGAAUUUAGGAACGAAAAGAAGGAUACUAAGGAUAACAUUAUUUAGGAAUUACUCCAUACGAUCAUAUGACCAUUAUACACUAUCAUAAACUAUGAUACAACCAUUAUAAACUUUUAUACUCUAUCAUAAACUUAUUUAUUAUACAGGCAUUAUAAACUAUUAUACCAGCAUCGUAAACUAUCGUACGCUAUCAUAUGGAAUAUUUCUAUUCUCAUACUUAAAGUAGUACUAUCUAAAAAGAUUUUCAUAUUGCUUCGUGUCCAUUAUCGUCUGUUGCAGUAACGAUCUGGAACUAGUUCAAAUCCAUUUGAAACCCUUGGCAGUCGAAGGCUAAGUUGCUGACUUGUGUCGCCCAGAGACACAACUUUUAAUCGAAGAGAUCAACACCGUCGAUUUUAGAAGUUUGAUUGAUAAUAUGAAGAAACGCUUAGAUUUAGUAGGAAAAAUCGUGAGUUUAUGCCUAAUGCUAUCGGCAAUUGACGCGAGUCCGUAUCAAAGAGGAGAAGAAAUAAAACUAGAAAGGACAGAGAUUAAAUUCUUAUCAACAAAUGAUUUAGUAAAGGUCAACAGAGUUAAACGGAGCGACGUGCAUGGAGAAUGCAUAAAAGGUACGACUGGCCUCCUUGGUGGUACGCAAGUACUAACUGGCGCUGCUAUGGGUGCUCUAAUUGGCAGCACUGUGCCUGCUCUGGGCACUGCUAUAGGCGCAGUAAUCGGGUUUCUUGUAGGUGGCGUUGGGGGCGCAGGUAUUGGUGCAGGUAUGGGUGCGAUCUUAUGUCCGAGAAGUGACAAUCUCAACGAAGCAAAUUUAAAUCUAGAUUUAGGAAUAAUCGAAGAUGACAGUGAUAUAACGAUAUUGAACGAACUUAAAAAGUUAAAUCAAGCUUUGGAUGUUAACUAUUUAUAUAUAAUCGAAAAAAAAGAUAUUUCGGCUAAAGUAGUAGCUUCAAAGUUUAGUAUCUAUGAAACAGAUACCAAUGUAAUUGUUAAAUAUCUGAUUAGGCGUAAUUUAAUCGACACUUCUUUAUUACUGAGACAAUGGUCGACCAUGUUUAAGGAACAGCAAAGAGAAAUGGAACGGCAAAUUAAAGAAGACAUUCCUAGUUUUAGUAUCGCGCAAAAAAGGACAUGGUUGGAUGAUAAAAAGUCUCAGCUCAGAUUUCUGUUCCAUAGUUUGGCGCAGAACAUUUUUAUAAUUAAAAAUGACGAGUACAUAAAGAAACUGUAUCACAGGGUCCAGUCGUUGGAAAGUGAUUUGAACUCUUUAAAAAAUAAAAUUGAGAUGAUGGGAAAUGACAGUUCUAUAUUGUCUCUGUGCGGAUCUGAAGCCAAUGCUAUUUCGGUAUACAGUCGCUAUGUGCCUGUCGUUGGUGAAGUAAUCGAGUAUGUUAGCGCAUUAGUUUCCGCAACUUGCUUUUUGUUCAACGAAUUCAAUUUUUAAUAUAACAUUAUUUAGAGAUUAGACUUACCUAUUCAUCCACAAGUGCACCUGCUCACGAUGGGUCACGGUCAAUGGGUCAGCGUCUUUGCCGCUCGCAGGUAGGCCACAGCUGAUU